AUCCAAUCAUAAUGGCAGUAAAACUACAUCUCCCAUGGCGCACAAUUGUAGACGUGAAACGCACCGUAUUCCAAAUCGACGAUCUCAGUUUAGUCCGUUUCCUCUAGUGGCAUGACGUAGGUGGGGGAGGCAGAUAGGGAUCGACUAUGGAACGAGCUGAAAAUACUAUCUUAUAACGGUACCGGCUGAUAGACAGCUGAACUUUUUGUUAACAUCAAAAAAAGUGGAGGACACGACGAGACAGACAAAAACACAGCCAUGCAGUUCAAAUACAGAAGGCACUGAUUUAUUUUAUAGGAUUUUUCCUGUGCUCCUUCAAGGGCUGGGUCCGUUAUCGCUGUUGUUGGCGGAACCGGCUGGCCAAGAUGUCUGUGGAGGAACAAGAAUAUCCCGAGGCGACUCUGGUGGCAGAGGCCGGGCCGCAGUGGUUUCGGGUGGAAUUAGAGCGCCUAUCCCGGGAGCUGAGCGAGACGACUCACGAGAAGAUCCAGGCGGCGGAAUACGGGCUGGCGGUGCUCGAAGAGAAGCAACAGCUCAAACAGCGUUAUGACGAGUUGGAGACCGAGUUCGAGACCGUUCGGCAGGAACUCGACCAACUGAAGGAGGCGUUUGGCCAAGCCUACUCCACCCAUAGGAAGGUGGCUGCAGAUGGGGAGAGCAGGGAGGAGUCACUGAUGCUGGAGUCAGCCAGUAAGGAGGCCCACUACCAGCAGAUGGUCCUGGAGCUGCAAAACGAGCUGCGGUUGGCCAGGACUGCCCUCACCAGCAACCAAUCAGAGAACGAGCGCCUGGCCUCUGUUGCCUUGGAGAUGAGAGAGAGUUCUGAGCUGGUGGAGCUGCAGCGCACCCAACUGCGUGAUGACAUCAGAGAGUAUAAGGUGCGAGAGGCACGUCUGCUGCAGGACUACAGUGAGCUGGAGGACGAGAACAUCUCCCUGCAGAAACAGGUGUCCCUGCUCCGACAGAGCCAGGUGGAGUUUGAGGGUCUGAAGCAUGAGAUCUGUCGUCUGGAGGAGGACUCCCAGUGCCUCCACAGCCAGUUGGAGGAGGCCAUGCGCCUGCGGGAGAUCGCUGAGCGCCAGCUGACCGAGGCUCUGGAGACCAUUAAGACUGAGCGCGAGCAGAAGGCCGCCCUGCGUAAAGAACUGUCCCACUACAUGACCAUCGGGGACAACCUGUUACCGUACCACCACAGCCCACUGCACAUCUCCCUGGACGGCCUCAAGUUCAGCGAGGAUCCCACUGCUGCCACCAACGAACCCAACAAUGAUGACUCGUUCCGUGGCUAUGAGAACGGCCUGGCUAAGAUGACUGCCGACUGCAACGAUGAUAACAGAGCCAUGGUCCGGCCCGCCCCCAGCCUAGUGGAUGACCUGCUGAGUGAACUCAACAUCUCAGAGAUCCAAAAACUCAAGCAGCAGCUCAUGCAGGUUGAGCGGGAGAAGGUAGCGCUCCUCUCCUCUCUGCAGGAGGCCCAGAAGCAGCUGGAGGUGGCCCAUGGGACUCUGUCUGAGCAGCAGGAGAUGGUAGGACGCCUCACCGAGAAUCUCAGCGCCAUGAGGAAACUCCAGGCCAGCAAGGAGCGCCACUCGGCCCUGGACAGCGAGAAGGAGCGUGACAGCCGUGACGAUGGCGACGGGGACUACUACGAGCUGGACAUCAACGGGCCUGAGAUCCUGCAGUGUAAGUACACCGUGGCUGUGUCCGAGGCCGGGGAGCUCAGACAGGAGCUGAAGACUCUUAAAGCAGAGUACCAGUCGUGCCGAAGCCAGUACGAGGAGGAGCGAGCCCGCCUGGAGAGCGAUGUGGCGGGGCUGAGCGAGAAGCUGGCUUCCCUGGAGAAGAGCAGCCGGGUGGAGCGUGAGGAGAUCGAGCACCUAGAGAAGGAGCUGCGGCGGGUGAGCGAGGCGGCGGGCGAGUCGCAGGGCAGUCUGAACGUGGCGCAGGACGAACUGGUGGUGUUCAGUGAGGAGCUGGCCAACCUCUAUAACCACGUGUGCAUGUGCAACAAUGAAACCCCCAACCGGGUCAUGCUCGACUACUACAAGGAGGGCAAGGCCAGUGUAGGGGGUGGGGGCAGCCGGGAGGGGAAGGGGCGACGUCUGUCCCAUGUACUACUCUCCAACGGGCUGGUCCCUGAAACUGACCCCGGUAAACUUGAAGCCAGUGACCCAGCAGUCCCAGCCCCAGUCCCAGCCCCAGAGUCCCGUCCAGAGCCAAUGAACAUCUAUAACCUGGUGGCCAUCAUCAGGGACCAGAUCCGUCACCUGCAGCAGGCGGUGGACCGCACCACAGAGCUGUCCCGUCAGAGGAUGGCCUCCAUGGAGCUGGGCACCGUGGCUGAUAAGGACAGCGAGGCCUGCAUGGGGGAGAUCCUCAAACUCAAGUCCCUCCUCAGCACCAAGAGGGAGCAGAUCGCCACCCUGAGGACCGUACUCAAAGCCAACAAACAGACGGCUGAGGUGGCGCUGGCCAACCUGAAGAGUAAAUACGACAACGAGAAGACCAUGGUGAGGGAUACCAUGUUGAAACUCCGCAACGAGCUGAAGGCUCUGAAAGAAGACGCUGCCACCUUCUCCUCACUACGGGCCAUGUUCGCUACAAGGUGUGAUGAGUACGUAACUCAGCUGGAUGAGAUGCAGAGACAGCUGGUUGCGGCGGAGGACGAGAAGAAGACCCUGAACUCCCUGCUCCGCAUGGCCAUCCAGCAGAAGCUGGCCUUGACCCAACGUCUGGAGGACCUGGAGUUCGAUCAUGAGCAGGCGCGCCGUGGCGGGGUUACAAGAGUAGUGACGGGCAGUCGGAGCAAGUCCUCCUCGUCGGCGCGGGGCAAAGGGGCCUCGGCCAAUCAUCACUAAUUUAAUCAAGCCCAGUGUCCUUCAAAGGUUGACAGUCACCUUGCCGAUGAUUACUUCAGUGUCCCCUCGUGGCCUGAGACCCAUGUCAGAGACAUACACUGCUGUAGUGUGAGGACUUUGUUUCUGUGCGCACACACACACACACACACACACCCUUGACCUUUACAGACACGUGAAAUCCCCAGGGGUUUGGUCUCUUGGUGUGGCUGCAGGAAACAACAAAGACUCAUGGGUAUGACGACCAUAGAUAUCUAGGUCUAUUUCUGUGGGUAUGACCAUAGAGAUAUCUAGGUCUAUUUCUGUGGGUAUGAUCAUAGAGAUAUCUAGCUCUAUUUAUGUGGGUAUGAUCAUAGAGAUAUCUAGGUCUAUUUCUGUGGGUAUGAUCAUAGAGAUAUCUAGCUCUAUUUAUGUGGGUAUGACCCCCAUUGUGAUUUAGUCACUCAUCCCACAUUGUCCACCACUAUACUGUUAUUACUCUGUCUGUUUCCCCCGAUGACUGCGCACUUUUAAUGUAUUUUUUAUUUCUCUUUUUUUGCUUGUUGUAAUUCACACCUCAGUGAAUGUGUGAGGCGUUCAUAAGCUUUUUGUUACAUGUUUGAUCAUUGGAGCAUUAAUUAGUCAUUUUAAUAUUUUUGCUUUUGUCAUUAUAUAACUGGCAGAUUCAUAACAGAAUUUCCAUGGAGAGUAAACCUGUGUUGAUUUAUAUUUAUAUGUAGGGAAAGAUCAGAGGCAACAAAGUCAAAGGAACUAACUUGCUCCAGUUUUCUCUGGGGUCAAUAUUCAGUGGGACUCACAAGCUAACAGACGUUCUCUGUAAGCACAUAGAUGAACAUCUUAAAUUGGAAUUAGUAUUUUCUCUCUUGGUUCAAACAUUUUGAUAAUGUGUUUAAAAAAAAGUUUACCAGAGAGAGCAGGAUGUUCCAGCAGGACAUUCAACCAGUGUGUGCCCAGUGCGUACCUUCUGGCCUUAGUAUAGACCAGUAGUUUGUUCUGUCCACAAAAGAGAAGCUGGAUUUAGUUUAGACUAGUAGUGCCUUUCUGUCCACAAAAGAGAAGCUAGAUUUCGUUUUGACUAGUAGUUUGUUCUGUCCACAAAAGAGAAGCUAGGUUUAGAUUUGAAUGUUUUCUAUGUCUUUGAGAAGGAAUUGUUGUGAGAGGUUAUACAGUGAGGGAAAAAAGUAUUUGAUCCCCUGCUGAUUUUGUACGUUUGCCCACUGACAAAGAA